UCCUCACCACAUGGUGGCGCUAGAGCAGCAAUCCGCUGUUUGCUGACCGCCAAUAAACACCAAGAAGUCUGAUUUCCGCUACCAGCAGCUAGCUGCUGUUUCCAUUGUUUGCUGCUGGACGCUUUCACAGCUUCCCACCAUCCGAACCGCUCGGUCCACAACCAACCACACCCAACCAGGAUCCAGUCCAGCAGGCGUCCCGGUUCCGACUGACCGCUGGAUCCGCUCCAGAACCCGGAGGAGAAGCGGGACUCCCCCACGGCUCGGAGCUGGAAGCUGCACCGGGGUGCAGCUCAGAACGUCUCUACCAAGAGCUUCAGCUGAAGAAUCAGAACAUCUAAAGACCAAAGAGGUUCUGCAGCUCAUCAGAAUGAAGGAGGAGAACCAUGAAAUCAUGAUUGAGGUGGAGGAGGAGAACCGCGAGAUGAAGAUUGAGAUGAAGAUUGAGGUGAAGCAGGAGAACCAUGAGAUUAAAAUUGAGGUGGAGGAGGAGAACCAUGAGAUGAAGAUCGAGGAGGAGAACCAUGAGAUGAAACAGGAGAAGAAUGAUGAAGUUAAAGUGGAGGACUACCAGGACCAGGAAGCGGACCUCCACACUCUGAACACCACCAACCGGACCAACUCAGCCGCUUCCUCUGGUCCCAGUGAUCUACAGGAGGAGCAUAAAGAUCAUCAGACUGGUGGAGCCCUCACCGCACCAUCUAAAGGAACGGCACGUGGUCAACCUGGGGGGAAAAAAUACAGCUGUGUCGAGUGUUUAAUAACUUUUGAAACUAAAUCUAAUCUAAUGGUGCAUCAAAGGAUCCACACUGGAGAGAGUGUGGAUCCGUGUGGAUACAGCUGUGACCAUUGUGGAGCGACCUUUAACCGUAAAUCUAGUUUACGCAGACAUAAACAGAUUCACACUACAGAGAGACCAUACAGCUGUGACCAAUGUGCUGCAACUUUUAGAGCCAAAUCUGAUUUUAGGAUACAUCAACGGAUCCAUACUGGAGAGAGACCAUACAGCUGUGACCAGUGUGAAGCAACGUUUAGAGCCCGGGCUGACUUUAAGAUGCACCAGUGGAUCCACACCGGAGAGAAACCAUACAGCUGUGACCAGUGCGAUGCAACUUUUCUAAGAAGAAACGCCCUAAUUGAGCAUCAGAGGAUCCAUACUGGAGAGAGACCAUACUGCUGUGACCAGUGUGGAGCAACAUUUAGAGCCAGAUCUUAUUUUAAGAUUCAUCAACGGAUCCACACUGGUGAGAAGCCAUACAGCUGUGACCAGUGUGGUGCAGCAUUUCAAAAUACAUCUAAUUUAAAGGUUCAUCAACGCACCCACGUUACAGACAGACCACACAGCUGUGACCAAUGUGGAGCAACUUUUAAAAUUAAAUCAAGUUUACUGAGACAUCAAAUGGGCCACACUGGGGAGAGACCAUACUUCUGCGAUCAGUGUGCUGCAGCUUUUGACACUAAAUCUAAUUUAACUGUGCAUAAACGGAUCCACACUGGAGAGAGACCAUACAGCUGUGACAAAUGUGGAGCAGCCUUUAAAACAAAAUCUAAUUUAACAGUGCAUCAGCAGACUCACACUGAAGAGAGACCAUGCAUCUGUCAUCAGUGUGGAGCAGCUUUUAAAACUAAAUCUAGUUUACUGAAACAUGAACGGAUCCACACCGGUGAGAAACUAUACAGCUGUGAGCACUGUGAAGCAACUUUCAGAACCAGAUUAGAUUUUAAGUUGCAUCAACGGACCCACAAUGGAGAGAGAGAACAUAGCUGUAACCAGUGUGGUGAAAGUUUUAAAAUUCAAUCUCUUUUAAAGGAACAUUAUUUGAGCCACACCGGAAAGAAACCAUACAGCUGUGACCAGUGUGGAGCGACUUUUAAAAUCCAAUCUCUUUUAAAAAAGCACAUUUUUAUUCACAGUGGAGAGAGACCAUACAAUUGUGAACAGUGUGGAGCAACUUUUAACCAUAAAUCUAGUUUACGUAGACAUAAACAGAUCCAUACAGCAGAAAAACCAUACAGCUGUGACCAUUGUGAAGUAACAUUUAGAGCCAGAUCAGAUUUCAGGAUACAUCAGAGGAUACAUACUGGAGAGAGACCAUACAGCUGUGAUAAGUGUGAUGCAACUUUUAGAGCCAGGGCUGAAUUUAAGAUACAUCAGUGGAGCCACACCGGAGAGAAACCAUACAGUUGUGACCAGUGUGCUGCAACUUUUCUAAGAAAAUAUACACUUGUAGUACAUCAAAGAAUUCACACUGGAGAAAAACCAUACUGUUGUGACCAGUGUGGAGCAACCUUUAGAGCUAGAUCUUAUCUUAGAAUACACCAACGGAUCCACACUGGAGAGAAACCUUACAAAUGCGAACAGUGUGGUGCAGCCUUUCAGAUUAAAUCGAAUUUAACGGUUCAUAAGCGGACCCACACUGGAGAGAAACCAUACAGUUGUGACCAGUGUGACGCUGCUUUUAAAACUAAGUCUAGUUUACUGAGACAUCAAAUGAUCCACAGUGGGGAGAAACCAUACUGCUGUGACCAGUGUGCUGCGACGUUUGACACUAAAUCUAAUUUAACGGUGCAUCAACGGAUCCACACUGGAGAGAGACCAUACAAAUGUGACCAGUGUGGAGCAGCCUUUCAAACUAAAUCUAAUUUAACAGUUCAUCAACGGAUCCAUGCUGGAAAGACUCCAUACAGUUGUGACCAGUGUGGAGCAGCUUUUAAAACGAGAUCUAGUUUAAUGAAACAUCAACAAAUGCACACUGGGAAGACACCAUAAUGCUGUGACCAGGCUGCUGAAACUUACUUAAGGGUACAUAAACAGAAUCAUAGUGAAUAGAGACCAUUCAUGAGCAACAUCCCCUGCAACUGUCAUGACUAAUGUUUUGUUUUGGUGCAAACCUUGACAGACUUUCAAACCCAGGAUUU